ACUGGGUAGAUUUUGACCAAACUUUAAAAGGCCACGCACUGGGGAUCACUUAAUUUAUAGUUAUGUAAUCUGGAUAAAAAUGAUAUCUCAUUACUGGAUUUAUUUAACCUUUCCUAGCAGUGUAUCUCAGGUGAGGUAUCAAGGGCCAUCAUGACCCUCUUGUCAAUUUUUAUCAACUGAACGACUGCAGACAUGCGCAUUGAUUUGUUGGUAAUUUUGCUGGUUAGUUGAUAGUUUGCGCCAGGGCAACAUGAAGAAAUAUUGCUUUAAUAUCGGUUUACUUCUUUUUCAUGGCCUUGUUUUACUUAUAGACAGUCGUAACAUAAUGUUUACAAAGUUUACAAUGUAUACCGAUUUGGAAGGGUUUACUUGUCCGGCAAUGAAUAAAGAUUUUGAAGAAGAGAAGUUGAAUGUAAUGCAGUGUUUGCUAGUUUGUGCUGACAGCUCGUCGUGUUUUGGCGUAUUCCACGACGAAGCUGAUAUGCACUGUGUAGGGUGCAAUGACACAAUUCUUACCAAUUCAUCGGCUCCAUCUCAGGACGGAAUGCAGUACUUUAAACGUCAAGCGUACAUGCUAGUUACUGAAGAGAAAUCAUGGACAAAUGCAAGCUUACACUGUCAGACAUUAGGGGGACAUUUAGCAGACAUUACAUCAGAAGAAGAAGAAAUAUAUAUAGAGGAUCAAAUACUCGGCAGUGACUAUACUAGUGACACUUGGAUAGGAGCAUCGCGCAAAACACUUGGAGGAAUAUAUUACUGGGAAGACGGGACACUCCUCACUGACCAUUACGUAAAAUGGGGACAGGAUCAACCAUGGGACAACCGGGACGAGAAGUGCGCAGCGUUGUCUUGGAUGCGUGAAAUGACGUGGACUUGGCAUGAUUAUUAUUGUCAAUAUUUAUUUCGCAGCUUAUGUGAAUUUGAGUAAUAAAAGAAAGUCUCAAGUUUACUUAUGUACGUUUACUAAAAAGUGUUCUCGAAAAUUGACGCUUAGACCAGACUGAAUUUGUUUUUUAUUUCUUCUUCAUUAUCAUAUUCUAGUACCUGUUAGUUUGCUACAUUCACUGUAUGUACUAUUUAUAGUGACACGGUUGGACAGGAAGAAAUAAAUCUGUAUUCAAUAUUGUGAUCCAUAUAAAGCAAUUACUUUAUGUUUGAAAAAAUUAUAGUGCAUAUUUGAUAAGGCGUAUAAUAAAAAGGUUAGUGUAAGAGUAUCCCGAUUAAUUUGCUUAUAAUCUCCAUUAGAUCUUAAUUAGAUAAUUACAGCGUCUUAUUAAGACCAUGUUAUAGAAAAUACACUCAGAUCAAAAUACAAGUUGCGAAUUAAAAUACUCUUUCCAUUUCGCUUGAUGCUAUUUUGCCUCCUCA